UUAUCGCAGUCAGCGUCAUGCAGCGAUUGCAGUUUCGCUUGCAGACGAACUGCUCAGUUCAAGACGAUCUGUACAGUUAACUGUGUUGAAAAAAACUAAUCUAACCUGGCAUUUGUGUGCUUUAAUACCUUCAUAAAAGUUUCAACUGAUCCCACCGAUUUGAGUUACAAUUCCUAUGUAAAGUCUGGUUAGCAAUUCGAACCUUGGAAGAGGAAUUUUUUUCUUUAAAAGUUGCGGUUUCAUUGAAAGUGCAGGGCGGUAAAGAAUAUUAGCGUCCGUAGUGAAGGUGAUUAAAUAUCAUCUUAGAAGGUCCAUGAAAACAUUCAUUUUUGUUAAACUUUUUGUUAAUCAUUGAACUCGUAGAUAUAAAAUCAUAAGGAUGCCUACAAAUUAUUUUAUGGUAAUCCAAUUGCUUACCUUGUGUACAAUAUUUACGUGUAAGGCAAGCACGCAAAUGAGAAAGCAAAACGGAAAGCAUGGGAGGCUCCAGCAAAACAUUACUCUUCACUCGUCUAUGAUAGACAUAACUGGAACAACUUCAGUGACGUCGUCAUUGGAAUGGCUACAAGGAGAUUCUAUGAUCAAUCAACGCGCAGGGAGUUUGGAUCAACAUGAAAGCUUAAUUACAUUGUCCGUUCCAAUAGAAGAAUCGAGUCGAUAUUCCUUUCAGACUUACAGCAAUAAGAGUAUGCUAAGCAAUGUGUCAUUUACAGUAGAUUUUUUAGGGUUAGAUUUUCCAAUUCCAAGUAAAACGCGUCUCUAUGGAAAUUACUCAACCGCAUUGACUGCAGGAUUCGAUGAUAAUGAAAAUCGAUUCAAGCGCUCAGGCGAUCCUUGCUCUCCUCCCUCUAAGAACUACUUGCCGUUGAAGAAGUGGAUGCCUGUUCCAUACGACAAUAUAAAGUUGUACGUCCGAGCUCAUGACCCCUCAACAUUUCAAAUUAAUAUUGUACCCAGUUUUCUGUGCUUGGGUCAAACCGUAGAGAAAACAUUCAUUCUGAAACAUCCGGAUAUUUUCCUUAAACAAAGUAUAUGGGCUGUUAUCCUAAUUCAUCUUCAUUCAGUUCGAUGCGGGGCUAUAAAUGUCUGGCAAAUAGAUGAACAAUUUGAAAAUGUUACUACAUCAUUACGUUUUGAACUUGACCCACGUUGCCAGUUCUCUGUCGUAUAUUUCUAUGCCUCAAAUGUGGACUGGUUCCUUGAGCCUAGAGAAUCCUGCAGCUCCCCAGUGACUGUGACAUCAACCACACGCAUCACUUCUACGAGCACCAAAGUUUCCACUGUUACAUCAACUAAAACAGAAACUGUACCGCUAACGUCAACAGAAACUGCAACACUAACGCACACCACAGCGGUAGCACCAGCUUCUACAGGUCCCAACAUGACGGAAGGCACCGACGUGACUCGAACGGACACGCAGGCCUCAUCAUCGCAUUCCCUGCAGUUCUUGUGGCUGCUGCUGCUGGUACCGCUCGUCGCCAUCGUCGUUCUUGCUGUGCUCGCGAGGAAGAAGAAACCUGAAGCCACCGUCCCUCCCACGCUGGCCAUAACCCACCGUACGAGCGUCAACUCCUUGUACGGGAUACUCCCUGACGGCAGACGUGAGAGCAUCAACAGCCUGUACGUCCGAGACAUUCAGUGCCCUAGCACCGCCAUUGGGCAAGAACAAGCUGCCGAGGAGGCGCCCAAAACACGGAACGCGAAAGAGGUUCCCGGAUCUUGGGUCCGUCCGGCAGAUGGAGCGGCUUAUUAUAACGCUGAGUUAGAGAAGACAAGUAACAGCAUUUAUGAAAAUUCAUGAUCCUGAACAUUUAUUUUUUUCUGUAAGAUUUGACAUAUUUUCGCUACUAGGAAGAACAUCCAAAUUAAUCUGAAUAUUCUUCCAUUUCCGGAUUUAUUUCAUAUUAAUUCCGCUGCUCAUUAUAAUACAUGAGCAAUUUUUACCAUUACUGAAUAGAACAUUAAGUUAAUUGGAGUAAAUUACCAUUAAUUUGAAAAGAAUUUUUCUCAUAAUAUUUACGUUACAUUACUAAACUGACGUUCAACGGUUGUAUGUUUUCGAUCAAUUAUUGUUUAUAAUUAUUAAUGUUGUAUGUUAAUUUGUAGAGAUAGAACCCACAACGGUAAACAUUGCCUGUGUCUUAUUUUAUAUGUUUUCACCACAGGUUUCUGAUGUUUUAACCUUAAAUAAUAUAUAACUUUGAGUGGAAUUUCUUGGAAAUGAGUGAGUAGUAUUCAUAUUCUUGUAAUAUCUCUAGCUGCGGAAUUUUGCUAAUUUUGCAGGGUUUUUGACAUUGUUUGCACCUUAUCCUUCCUAAUGCGUCAGGAUUUUAUGUAACUAUUUUGUGCCGGACCCGCAGACCGGUACAAACUGACAGAGUGCGUACCUAUUAUCUUUCAGACAGUCUAAAUUAUCCCAUAUAUACUAGUGUAUAAUAGUAUACUCAAGUCACUGCAGCAUAUUAGAGUUUAAAAAAUUUCUUAGUUAUAGCAUGGAAAUUUUUCUUUCGUGCUUACGAGAUGCGGUCAAUUCCUUUACAAGUAAAAGAAACUUGGCAAUGAGGAGUUUAUGUGAAGGUUGUUGUAUUGCGCUCAGUUGGUUUAGUCCCUAAAAAUGUUCAUGAAUUGCUUCCAAUAAACUAAUAAUAACAAUAAGCUUACUGUUCCUUCGCGCAACAAUCAGUACAUCCAGGACACAUUACAUAGAUAAGUUAAACAGCGGCGAAAGAAAUCUUGCCGUUUUAUAUAACUAAUAAGUAAUAACCGUUUUUUGGCAUUCAAGAGAAAUUUCAAUAGUUCUUACUUCCAGUAUCAAGUUAGUUAAACAAAUUAAGUGAAUGCUUGACAUCAUACAUUUUAGUUCAUCUCUUCAUGAUUGAUGUGAUGAUACAUGAUUCAUGGCCAAUAAAGAUUGAAAAAACAUAUUUUUAAAAGUUUUAUACUGCUGCGACUAUUUAUUUCGUGUCUUGCAUGGCUCAAGUUUGGUUGUGAACAGGAUUAAUGUGUUUAAAAAUCUCAAAAUUUAUCUAG